GACAGUUUUUAAAGUAUUGGCUAAACAUCAAAAUAAUCACGUCUUUCAUUUUUUUUGACUUAAUACAGUUUCUCAAAAUAUUGACUUAGUAUCUCAAAAUAAUGAGUGUUUCUUGAAAUAUUGGCUUAAUAUGUCAGAUUGUUUUUUUUUCUAUAUAUAUAAUGACUAAAUAUCUCGGAAUGAUGUCUCAAAAUAGUGACUUAUUUCCUGAAACUGCUCUCGCUGUGGGAGGUGAUGAUGUUGGCUGUCUAGGUCUUCCUGUUAGGUGAACAGACUGAUGGAGUAUUUUCAGCAUCAUCGAUGCUGAACGCGUGCAAAGGUUUGGAUUUAGACUAAUACUUGCCCUAAUAUACUUGAAGAAUCUUCUGGGCCUGUUGUGGUAGCUAGUCUCUAUUUAGCUUCAACGUCACACUUCCAUCCAGAAUUUGCUGGUAUUCAGUGGAAUCCAUUCUUCCAUCCUGAGCUACUGACUGCCACACAAGCCCAACACACAGUAAAUCCACCCCAGGCUGAACAGUCAGCACGCUGCUCUCUUCAUCGAAUUCAUUCCGAACAUGACUGUGACCGGACACUGCAGUCAGUCCACAGGACUAGAUUCCAGAAUGUAAUGAGUUUGAAUGUUAAUGUUUAUUUCUGGUGGCUCGUGUUUGUGUGAGCAGCUCUGCGGAGCAGAAUGGUGCACCACCACUGCUAAACCCUCCUGUAGGCCCUUCGCUGUCAUGUGGGGGUUUUGCUUUUCCUUUCUGGUCAUUGAAGCUGUUUAAUCUGAGAAGUUUCUUGGUUUUCCACAUUGUGCCUUGACUUCCACAGAUCUCCUUUAACUGGCUUUUAUGACGGACAUGUGGGCUCAUGAACUGCUUAGAAGAGCGUUUGAUUAUUAAGACACUCCAAAUGAUCUCAUAUAUAUAUAUGUAUUAUAUAUGUGUGUGUGUGUGUACAUAUAUAUAGAAUGUGUAUAAAAUGGUAAUGUGUGUGUGGUUUUAUCACACUGAUAAUAAUCAUUAUGAAGGCCUGAUUCUGUCAGUGUGUGCAGUGCAGGUGUUCAGUGAUGGUUAUCACACAAAUAAUCACAGAAAGAGAAACAUCACACACAUCAGAGAGAGCAUCACUAAGAUCUUAUCUGGGAGACUGUGUGUGUGUGUGUGUGUGUGUGUGUGUGUGUAAUAGAAUUCUCUGAAAGCUCCUUAGAAUCUCGAGGGGUUUGAGUUAUUUUUACAGCUUUUAAAGUCCAGACUCCUUCACCCGACCCAGCAAAAAUAACUCUCUCCAUCUCCAUCAGCUCCUCGCUGCUCCCCUUUUUCUUCUCCUUUCCUCUGCGAAAAAUGCUGUCUCUUACUGAGUCACUGACUGAGUCACUAACUGAGUCACUAACUGAGUCAUUGACUGACUAAGUCACUGGCUGACUGACUGAGUCACUUACUGACUGAUUAACUGGCUCACCGACUGACUGUCUGUCAUUUACUGACUGACCAGCUGAGUUAUUGACUGACUAAGUCACUGCCUGACUGGCUGACUGAGUCACUUACAGACUGACCGACAAAGUUACUUACUGACUGGUUAAAUGAAUCACUGACUGACUCACCGACUGACUGUCUGUCAUUUACGAAGUCAGUAAGUGACCGUGUGACUGAGUCACUUGCUGACUAACUAACUGAGUCACCGACUGACUCAGCAGACCGACUGACUCAGUCUCUUACUGACUGAUUAACUGAAUCACUGACUGACUCACCGACUGACUGUCUGUCAUUUACUGACUGACUAACUGAGUCAGUAAAUGACUGUGUGACUGAGUCACUUGCUGACUAAUUAACUGAGUCACCGACUGACUCAGCAGACCGACUGACUCAGUCUCUUACUGACUGAUUAACUGAAUCACUGACUGACUCACAGACUGACUAUCUGUCAUUUACUGACUGACUAACUGAGUCAGUAAAUGACUGUGUGACUGAGUCACUUGCUGACUAAUUAACUGAGUCACCGACUGACUCAGCAGACCGACUGACUGAGUCUCUUACUGACUGAUUAACUGAAUCACUGACUGACUCACAGACUGACUAUCUGUCAUUUACUGACUGACUAACUGAGUCAGUAAAUGACUGUGUGACUGAGUCACUUGCUGACUAAUUAACUGAGUCACCGACUGACUCAGCAGACCGACUGACUGAGUCUCUUACUGACUGACUUUACUUGGUUCCAUUCAUCUCCUCGGAUCCUGCUGUAGUCGAGUAGCACAUAGGGAGCAUUGCAGUGAGAGUGUUGAUAAAGCCCAAGCCCGAGUUUAGAUUUAGAGGAAUAAAACGUUCAAAUCGUUUGGUGAAUUUAUCAUUGUUAUUAUUUAGUAUCAGCCACCUGACUCGUAACAAACUCGCUGAUUCUGAGGUAAAAGGUAGGUGGCUAGUAACGUUAGCAGAGGUGAAAAUGGGCACUUAGUAUUGGUGUGAUCGUCUUAAAGACUUUAUACUGACCUACUUUGUAUACUGAUGUACUGUAACCUACUUUCAAUUGAAUGGGGUUUAAUAGACUGCAGUACAGUAAAAGUGUCUGUGUGCUAACCAGAAUAUCCAUUUGUAGUCUGUACAUCGGAUUCAAGUGACUUGAAAAUGGUAAAUUAUUCAAUACAAUGGGCACUUAAGCUGCACAGCAGUUAGGAAAACUGUGCAUUGAAGAGGAGGUGGCCCUGUGUUUGAGAGUUAUGUCCAGAUCCACUCCGUCAGUAAGGCUAAUAUUAUUCACAUGCCGAUGUUUGUCGUCCCUCUGGAGUUGGACAGCUCCUCAAGCUCACUCUGUGUUUAUGGAUAUUUGUCCGCAGCAAUCCAACACAAUGUGACGCUGAUUCCCAAUCCCUGUUGUGCCCCAGUCCGACUUCAGCUGGAAUUUUCCAUCAUCUUACUGUAUAAGCAGCUUCAUUUAGCUCUUGUUUAUUGUUUUAGGUGAAGAGUCACCAAGCACUAGUUCAUGACCAGCAAGUGCACCUGAAUAUAAACUCUAAUACUAGUUUUAUGUGGCACUCUUUUAGUAGGAUACACACUAUUAGCAUGAAUGCUAGCAGAGAAAGUGUCUUUUUCCUCUUGUUUUUACAUUCUGAAGAGAAAAUGUACCAAUUUCUGACUCUGUACAUGACUCUGAGUAACUAGACAUUUUAAUGAGUGUGUAUGGGGAAGAAGAAUCACCACAGAGUCUUGCAGUUACUCUCCUGCUGGCUUACGCUGGUCACCUAGCAAGCCAGUAUGUGCUGGUGCGCAGCCAUGCUGGCCUAUGCUGGUUUUUCUAGCAGGGUAUGCUAAUAACUGUGCUAAUUCAGAACCUAGCUGGAACUUGGCUAUCUAAGCUUUAUGGAUUUUUUCAGUAGUUGUUGGUAGACAUGUCAGAAUUAUGAAUGGAAUUAUCAAAUAAAACCAUGGAAAACACAGAUUUAUCCACUCUGCUUUAGAGGCGCAGUGCGGUCAUAAUAAGAGUCCCUUCUAAUCCUCUGGGGCUGCCAAACUCUCCCUUGCAUCAAACUCACUGUUUCUCUAUCUUUGCAAUAAUAUAGCACAGAAAUACGUUUCGAACAUUGCCUGAAUCUGUAGAGCCGCCCUUUCCAUUCCACCAAAUCACAAGAUCUUGCGUCACUCACAUCCGGAGUUAUGAGGCUAUGAAGAGGGGCUAAGAUACAAGCAAUCUAAGAACUGACCCAUUACGCCGGAAACCCUCCGACCACAUCGGAGACAGCUGCAGUGCAAAUGCCCUCAGACCCCAAAGGGUUCAUUUUACUGUAAUCCUGAGGACUGAUGGAGAAUUAAGACGCGCUGCCGGACGUCUGCGUGUGUGCAGAUGUGAGCGGCUCAGGUGUGGACCCUCGCCAUCUGACCAUGGUAUCCAAGGAUAACACAGUGGCCUGCUCUGGCACUAAAACAGCCUGUAUAAAGAAGCAGCAGAAGAACCUGAUGAACAGUCUCUCAUCUUCUACUGAGCAUGCUCAGAAGAGCACAGAGCUCUACAGGAACUCCAAAAGAACGGUACAGACCCUAACACUGACCUCAGGGGUCGUGACUCCGGAGAAAAGCCCCCAACCACAGGAACCCAGGUCAGACCACGUCGACCUUCAUAAAGAGAGCGUGUCUGAAUCGGUGUCUGACGGCCUGGGUCCGGCUUUACUGACAACACAGACCACGACCCUGAAGGAGUCGUUAGGGGGUUUCACUGAGCACCUGGACGCUGGCAGUCUGCACUGUGGCUCCGAGGCGGAGGACAGUCUGCUGGACGGCGGCGAGACGUCUCUGGACAAAUCCUCCUCCAUGGGCAUGGUGGACUCCAGCAACAUGGCGUCCUCAGAGGACGUGCGCACGCUGGCCUGCGUGCUGAGGUCAGAGGUCAUACUGAUUGACGAGGACGACGAUGACAUGUCCCUCAGGGAGAGGACAGUCACCGACUGCUCCGUUACGGACGGCAACGCCGCCCAGCUCGUCUGUGGUCGCCUGCUGUCCAUCUCCUCUGACUCUUCCCCUUCCGUGUGUGAGAAGCAGAGCCAGAGCCUGGAGGCCACGCCCCAACCUGAGCAGGAGGAGGAGCCGCCCAGGAGGCCCAAACACCUGUGCUGUUACUGCACCAUCCUCUGAACAUCAGCACCCACUUUACAGUCUCAUAGACUCCAUUCAUACAGCUUAAACAGAGCAAACUGUGAUUCUGCCCUGAACUGGAGUCUGAUCUCCACAGAUCUACAGCUCUGAAGGACGUCCAGUGAUUGAACAUUUUAAUUUGGGAAUUAAAUAGACUGGAAUGGACUGCAGUUGAAUUGACUGGUAAGGAAAUUAAUGGAACAGAAUUAAAUAGACUGAAUGGAAUGGACCCGAUUUAAGUGGAUGGGUAUGGAAUGGAAUUAAAUAGAUAAAAUGGUAUUGGCAUGAAUUGAAUUGGCUGAUGUAAAGGAACCAAAUGUAAUAUACUGGUACAGAAUUGAGUAGAUUGGCAUGGAAUGGAAU